CGUCUGGAGCCGCCGCCGCGAGAGCAUCCCUCCGCCGAGAGCCGCUCCCGCCGCCGCCGCCACCCCGCCGCCGCCUCCGACACCGCUCCGCCGCCGCCGCCUCCGCCGAGGGAAGGGAAGCGUAUCGUAUGUCCGCUAUCCAGAACCUCCAACCCUUCGACCCCUUUGCUGAUGCAAGUAAGGGUGAUGACCUGCUCCCUGCCGGCACUGAGGACUACAUCCAUAUAAGGAUCCAGCAGCGCAACGGCAGGAAGACCCUCACCACAGUCCAGGGCAUCGCGGAUGAUUACGAUAAAAAGAAACUGGUGAAGGCCUUCAAGAAGAAAUUUGCCUGCAAUGGUACUGUGAUUGAGCACCCCGAGUAUGGAGAAGUGAUUCAGUUGCAGGGUGACCAGCGCAAGAACAUCUGCCAGUUCCUCGUGGAGAUUGGACUGGCCAAAGACGACCAGCUGAAAGUCCAUGGCUUUUAAGUGCCUGUGGGCCACUGGAGCUUUAUGCAAGAAGAUUUCCUUACCAUGAAAUUCCCUCCUGUCCCUUGUCAUGACUUUAAAACCAGGUGGUUUGUGUAAUGUAACAGCCCUGGGGCCUCUGCUGCCUCUGGCCCGGUGUAAUGCAGUGAUGUAAUAAACUGACACGAGCCCCAUGC